UCCAGCUGAUGCGAUCCAGGUACCCAGGAGCAUUUUGGAAAGUACAUCCAAGUUCUUCAUCAUUUUCUCCCCUGGACAACAAGACAGCACGCAUCUCAACCAGUCCGCGCUUCCCACCCGAGUCACUAGGCCAAUCUCAACCAGGUCGCCACAGGGAUUGCAACAUGUCUUUCCAAUGCCACAUCUGCGACAAGCAAUACACUCGAAAGCACAAUCUCAAAAGCCAUCUACGCGCCCACGCAGGUGAACGGCCAUUUGUCUGCACCGUUUGCAGUCGGCCGUUUACGAGAAAGAGUGACUGCACACAACAUGAGAAGACUCACUCAGGAGAAACGCCCCAUGUAUGCCGAGGGCCUCUGCAGAGCGGCGGCACUUGGGGCUGCGGCCAGGGCUUCGCCCGUGCGGCCAAUCUCUCCCGGCACCAUCGAAGGGAGGUCGGCAAGAUCUGCAUACGUCCGCGUGAAGAAGAGCAGCAACAGCAACAGCAACAGCAACAGCAACAGCAACAGCAACAGCAACAGCAACAGCAACAGCAACAGCAACAGCAACAGCAACAGCAACAGCAACAGCAACAGCAACAGCAACAGCAACAGCAACAGCAACAGCAACAGCAACAGCAACAGCAACAGCAACAGCAACAGCCAGCUGCGCAAGUCCCUAUCUCACAAUCAACGGCCCCUCUUGGCGCCUCAACCCCAUCCGAUAACAUGCGCCAGUCGGCGGGACGACUCCAAGUGCUCCCGCCUCCCGAGCCUCCUUCUCUGCAAUCGGAGUCAGACCUGUCUCAAUUGUCGUCGGAGACGAAGAUGGUAUAUCUGGAACAGAUAUUGCGUGGAAAAGGCUUCGAUGUAGACUCGGAGUUGCGGGCCAUGAUGCAGAAGGAUUCAGCUUUUGCACUAAUAAAGCGGGAGACAGACUCAGAUGGAAACCGGACACUGAGUCGGAAACGGACAAUGACUAGACGAGUACGGAGCGCGGCAAAGCGGAGAGUGUACGUGAAGAAAGAAAAAGGUGCGCAGGCGACGACUUCAUCUCAUAGGUGUCAGGGAUGAAGUGUGUGGGUUAAUGCUUCAAGCUAAAGCUAAUGUGAAGCUUUCCAUGGAG